AUGUUUUCAGCCAACCAUGAAAGUGGCGAUACAGUAAAACAGUAUAUAUUUCCGCAUUGCAUUGCUCGCUAUGCUCGCAUUCACCCGAAAUCGUGGAAUGGAUCUUGUGCCAUGAGACUGGAGUUUUACGGACGAUAUGAAGGGAAAGGAAUAACCAGGGAGCUUGGGAUGCAAAGUGGUUAUAUCCGAGACAACCAAAUAUCAGCGUCCACUGCACAACAAAAAGCACUCCCUGCGUGCUCUCGAUUAAAUCACCAAUAUAUUCGGAACGUUGUCGAAGGUGCCUGGAUGCCUGCUUUAUCCGAAUCUCGUCCCUGGUUGCGAGUUGACUUCAUUAAAUUCGCGUUUGUUAAUGGUCUCAUCACGAAAGGUCAUGGCGAAGAUAAUGAAUUUACGAAAAAAUUCCAACUCUCAUUCAGUAUAAAAGGAUUCGAUUUUAUAACCUAUAAAGAAUACGGAAAACCGAAGGAUUUUGAGGCAAACUAUGACAAGGAAAGUGCCGUGCGACAAAGACUUAGAAACCCAAUCUUCACUCGCAUUAUUCGGCUUCAUCCAACGCAGAAGAGUAAUGCUUAUGCGUUAAGGGUUGAGUUCUUCGGAUUUUAUGUUGUCACCGAUUGGUUUGAGAGGGUUUCUCUUGGAAUGGAGUCGUCUUUGAUUCUUGACUCUCAGCUGACCGCGUCAUCCACGAUGGCCUAUGACUUCCGAGCCUCGAAAGGCAGAUACAGCCUAAGUAAUUCGCCUGGAUGGAGACCAGCUGAAGGAGAUAAUACCGCCUGGUUUCAAAUCGAAUUCACAACGAGAGCGACUAUUGCAGGCAUCAUUACUCAGAGUUCUCCUGACGGCUGGGUGGAAAACUAUACACUGGCUUUUUCCAAUGGAAACAAUGUUUGGCAGGACUACAAACUCAACGGUGAAAUUAAGAUAUUCCAAGCAAAUGCAUUUGGUAGAAAUAUUUCAGUAAAUCACCUCUUUCCAAAUAUUGUUGCCAACUUGAUUCGAAUCCAGCCAAAGUCUUGUGGAGGACAAUGUUAUUUGCGGGUGGAGGUUUAUGGAAAAUACGAUGCCUUUUGUGACGAUCCGCGACCUCUGGGCAUGGCAAAUCAUACGAUCAAAGAUGGUCAGAUAUCCUCCUCAAGCGAUUCACCAGCCCAUCCAGCAAAAAGGGCUAGGCUUAAUUCAACCCACCAAUAUGCUGGUUGGUCGCCUGCUGCAAAUGAUGCCGAGCCAUGGCUUCAAGCAGACUUUCUCAAAUUUGCCAAGAUUGUCGAAAUACUAACGCAAGGACGGGGAAACAACAAUUAUUAUGUGCGUAGAUUCAGCGCAUCGUAUUCCUUUGACGGAAUCGCAUUUACUAUUUACAAAGAAUACGGCGCAAAGAAGGAGUUUCUUGCAAAUCAUAAUAAUGUGAAUGUCGCCUGUUCUCGCUUGGCAAAUCCUCUCAUCCUUAGAAUUAUUCGCUUGUACCCACUCGUAUGGCACCCGUCUGAUCGUCUGCCUUCGUUGCGUGUGGAGUUCAUUGGAUGCUAUUUAGAUUCGCAGUUCCUGAAAGAGCCUGCUGUUUACAAUGAGAUAAGCUCUCAGAUUGUGGACGGUCAGUUGAUUGCGUCAUCCGAGCAAUCAGGCAUUGGAAGUGCAGGGUCUGCCAAAGUCGGUUCAGGGGGUUGGAUGGCCCAUGAAAACGACCCCAGUCCAUGGCUUCAAGUCGACUUCCUAACCAAUGUCACAAUAUCUGGAAUGGUGUCAGGGAAUAUUACUGGGGCAACUCCGGUGGCUGAUCGGGUGACCUCGUUCACGGUCGCCUACGGCUAUUCCAGUGAGCUCAUCAAUUACACCCAGGAUGGCUCGACAACCAAGGUUUUCUUCGACCACGUCCUCGCUGAUUAUGCCGCAGUAUCGCAUUACUUCUACCCUCUCAUAUUUGCUCGAUACAUUCGAAUUCAACUAUUAACGUGGAUGGGCAAAUUCGCCAUGGAGGUGGAAUUCUAUGGCAAAUAUGAUUGCGUAAACCCGCAGCCAUUAGGCAUGGAAGAUGGAUCAAUAGGCGACGGACAGCUAACGGCUUCAAGUAGUGUGAAUGUAGCGAAGCAUGCAAUAUCCAGUCGCCUCAACAACCAAGAUCAGACCGAUGGUACGGGCAGUGGCUCUUGGAGGCAUGCAUACGCAGAUACAAAUCCCUGGUUGCAAGUUGAUCUUUUACAUCAAACCAAAAUCACAGGUGUAGCCACUCAAGGUCAUCCUGAUAAGCCUAGCUAUACUAAAACGUUCAAAAUGUCAACUGGUAACGACGGAAAAAACUUUGCAAGCUAUACUGAGUCUGCGCUUGUUAAAAUUUUCCAAUCGUAUAUUCCUGGAAAUUACCAUGGAAACACGGUUGUCAAACAAACCUUCGCAAAAAUUAUCGUCGCCCGAUUCAUUCGGAUCUAUCCCUUGCAGUUUCAAUAUAACCCGAGUUUAAGAAUUGAGGUCUAUGGCAGUCCCAUUGUUACAACCUCGUGUUUAUACCCACAAGCUCUUGGCCUCGAGAACUAUGUAAUACGUGAUGCUCAACUGACUUCUUCCUCUGAAAAAGAUGAAACAUCACGUGCAAUGAACGCCAGACAGAAUUUCAAUGGGACAGCUGGUGCAUGGAUUGCUCUAGACACAGAUACGCAGCCUUGGUUGAGAGUUGACUUUAUCACUAACGUAACACUUACAGCCGUUGCGACACAGGGCCGUAACGAUGCUGACGAAUGGGUAACGAGUUUCAAACUGUCGUUCAGUAUGGAUUCGAGCAAUUAUGAAUAUUACGAAGAGAAUGACGUUCCUAAGGUAUUUCAAGCGAACACCGACAGAAACACGACGGUCAAACAUUAUAUGUUCCCAGCAGUCUUUACCCGAUAUGUUCGCCUCCAUCCCAAGACCUGGCACAGCGCUUGCGCAAUGAGAACAGAAUUUUUCGGGUGCUAUGAAGGUUGUGUUGAUUCGAAACCUUUUGGGCUCGAACAAGAAACCCUUAAAGGUUACCAGUAUAGUUCCUCGUCGACGUUAAGUGGAUCGUCAAAAUAUACCGCUCACAAUGCGCGUUUGAAUAACGGAAAAGCCUGGCUGCCAGAGUUGUCGGGAGACCCAUUGCCAUGGUUGCAAGUUGAUCUCAUGCAAUUCUCAAAAGUGGUUGCUUUAUCAAUGCAAGGCAAACAGGAUCCGGGAGGUUUGGCUGGAGAUUACUGGACGAUCCUAUUUGAAGUCUCCUACAGCAAUGAUAUGUUAAAUUUCGAAAAAUAUAAAGAAUUCGGUUGGAUUAAGGAAUUCAACGGCAACUUUGAUUGUGAUAAUAUUAUCCAUCAUCGUUUUACGCGUGUAAUCUUUGCUCGCAUGAUUCGAAUUCAUCCGAAAGUGUGGAAGAGCAUUCCCGCCAUAAGAAUGGAACUUUUUGGUUGUUAUUGCGGCUGCCGUGCGCCGAGGGAAUUGGGAAUGAGGAACAGGAGAAUCGGAGAUCAUCAAAUUUGGGCACACGAUGGAAAAUAUGGCGACAACAGCCCGGAGACUGCAAGGCUGUUCUCCAAUACAGGUUGGUUUACUACUACAACGAAGGCAGCACACUUCUUUAUCACAUUCGACGCGCAAGCAGUAGUAACAAGUAUCAAGAUUCAAGGAACGGCUAAUCGAAACGCUUGGCUGACCAAAUUCCAACCCCAUUAUGAAUUGCACACUUAUGGAUGGAAAAAAGGGAAGAAGUAUACCGCUAACAGUGAUUCAAAUACGGUGGUGACCAUUGAUAUAGAGGACAUAGCUGCAACGAAAGUAUUCACCUUAAGGGAUUUUUCAUUUGCUGGCGAAGGAAUUGGUUUAAGAGUAGAACUUUACGGUUGUUAUGAAGAUAUCGACGUCUGUUCAUCGCGGCCUUGCCAGAACGGGGGUAUUUGUCACGACUACUUUGAUGGAUAUAAUUUUUUCAACUGCACAUGCCCAAGCGGUUUCACGGGAGUCUUCUGCGAGUCAGAAAUUUUUGAACCCAGAGCGCUUGGCAUGGAACAUGGACAAAUUGCAGACAACCAGAUUACCUCCGAUAAACAAUACAGUGACGAGUAUCACGCUUCUUAUGGGAGACUGAACAACGUAUUGGAAAACAGCAGAGGUUGCUGGUGCCCUGGGGAUCAUGAUGGUGAUCCGUGGUUUCAGGUACUCACUGUGUAA